AUGUUGUCCUUUAUAUAUAUAACACUUGCAAUAUUGUUUCUGACCAUUGUCAAUGCGGCCACGGUGUCAAAUAAGGACUUUGCUUUGGUCAUGUACGAUCCAGCCUUGAUUCCAUUAAACGAUUCAAGUGCCACGCUAUCUGGAGAGCUCACCCAACUAAUUACUUUUUUAAACAUCCACUACGAUACAACCCUUAGCCCAUACAGUGAUGACGAAGUACUGUUGUUUUAUGAUGAUUACCCAAGAUUCGAUCAUUUGGUUCUACUUCCAUCGCUGAAGAAGGCAAUUGGUGCCAAGUCAGGUUUAAAUCAGCAUCAAUUGUUGAGAUUCAUCAACGAAGGUGGUAAUGUUUUUGCCGUGGGAGGAUCGGAGGCUGCAUUGCCUGAAGGAAUCAGAAUUUUUUUGAAUGAAAUAGGUAUCCACCCAGCUCCAAAGGGAUACAAGUAUAUUGAUCAUUUCAACUCCAAAGAUGGAGUUGUUGAGUUGAAGAAUGAAAACUUGAUUGCAAAUAACAGAAUAGUGGACAAUUUAGGCGCCACCAAGUAUACAGGUAGUGCCGCAUUGAUUUCGAAUAAUGAAUUGAUCCAGCCAAUUGUAAAAUCUACCAAGACUGGCUAUACCAAUAAAGCUGGCCAAGUAAUGAGCGACGAAUUCACCUGGACUUUUGGUGAACAAGGAUUUUUGGCAGUAGGAUUCCAAGCUUUGAACAAUGCCAGGUUAGUUUGGGUAGGGUCAGAGGAGUUGUUAGUUGAUGAUUCAUUGUACAAGUGGUGCUUCCAAGACUCUGGAGUGAUCAAGUUGCAAUUUGUACACCACAUCAAAGCCAAUGAACCAGAAAAGUUGAAUCCACACUUAUACAGAAUCAAGGAUCAAGCAAUUUACACAAUUGGUGUUUCUGAAUACAAGGACGGUAAAUGGGUUCCGUUUGAAGUAAAGAAUGAGGGUGAGCAGUUGCAAUUGUCAUUUAAAAUGUUGGACCCAUACCAAAGAUUGAAUUUGAGUCCGUUGGGCCCAGUUAGCGCUACUGAAAACAGUAAUGAGUUGGAUGCUUAUGCAUACUUUGUCAACUUUACUGUACCCGACCACCAUGGUAUGUUUACAUUCGAGUUGGACUAUAAACGCAAUGGAUUGAGCUACAUCUUGGAUAAAAAAGUUGUGACAGUUAGACACUUGGCCAAUGAUGAAUUCAAGAGAUCAUGGGAUAUCUCAAACUCGUGGUUAUACAUCGCAAGUACUAAAUCGCAUAGUUUAACAGCUCGUGUUAACAUCGGAAGCGAUGACACUUCUCAUGACAACAAUGCCAAUACCGAAUCAAAUACUCAAGAACGAUCAACAACGUCGAUUUUGAAAUCUAAGCGGAUCUUGCCUACAGUGGGACAAAAUACAACAACGAUCAAAUUCGAAGCUUCGGAUAAACUGUCACCCUUUGCAUCUCAAUUCAAAAAUAUUAAUCUUAAAUUUUGGGAUUUGGGAGGUCAGCGAUCAUUACGAAAUAUGUGGUCCAGAUAUUACAAACAAUGUCAUGGGAUUAUAUUCAUUAUCGAUUCAACCGAUACCGAGAGAUUUCAAGAGUGCUAUGAAACAUUGAUUGAAAUAGCUCAUGAUGAUAGCUGGCUUAUAUCGGGAGACAAUGAUGCUGAGCAGACUAUAGGCAUAGAUGGGACGGUUAAUGUUCCGAUUUUGAUGCUUGCUAAUAAGCAAGAUCUACCACAGGCAGUUGAUUUAGUGAGCUUAAAGACGGGAGUUUUUAUUAAAUUGGUGAGCGAAUUAGAAGCUACGGAUUCGAAGCUUUUGCCUGUUAGUGUGUUGGAGAACCAGGGGUUGAAGGAGAGCUUGGAGUGGUUGGUGACGCGGUUGAUUUAUAAUAAAAGCAACAAAGUUCCGCAGUACAGCUAG